AGCCUUUCAAUCACAUCACGUAGCAGUGUUUGAGCAAACACCGAUUCCGUCAAACAGUAAAUUAUAGAUCCAAUCACCGUAGCAUGUCGAUCAGCACCUAACUUCUUCCUGCUUUUCCCAAAUACUCACAGAGCUAGCAAUGGCCGAACCGAAGCCAGAGAUCAACCCUAACCCCCGGCUGCAAUCUUACUACGCGUCUCUCGAGUCGGUGCUCGGGUAUGACCUGCUGCUAGGGGGCACGCGCCACUUCGGGUACUACGAUGACCCGAAAUCAUAUAACCCGUUCCCCAUAUCGCGCUCGCUGCGCCGCAUGGAAGAGCAGCUGUUCCAGACGCUGCGCGUGCGCGCCUCGGCGCGCGUCCUGGACGCCGGCUGCGGCAACGGACAUGUCGCGCGGUACAUGGCGGGCAAGGAACUGAACGUCACGGCCAUCGACGUCGUCGAGAGACACGUGCGCAAGGCGAAGAAGACGGCGCGCAAGCUCGCCGCUACGAAGAAGGCGAAGGGGUCGAUCGAGGUCCGCCACAUGGACUACCACCACCUCGACACCCUCGACAGCGCCGCCUUCGACGGCGUGUACACCAUGGAGACCCUCGUGCACGCCACAGACCCGGCGAAAGUCCUCGCGGGAUUCCUCCGCGUGCUGAAGCCCGGCGGGCGACUCGCCAUGCACGAGUACGACAACGUGCUGGAGGAGGUCGAGGCGGACGCGGCCGAGAACGGCGGGGACAAGAAGACGCCGAAUACCAGGCUCAGACGCGCCAUGCGCCAGGUCAACGAGUGGUCCGCGAUGCCGACGAACGCCGUCUCCAGCCCCGGCGCGUUCAAGCGCAUGCUCGAGGACGCCGGGUUCGAGGAGGUGCAGGUGCGCGACCUAUCGGAUCACAUCCGGCCCAUGACGCGCUUCUUCUACGUCCUUGCUAUCGUGCCGUUCUUGCUCAUUUCGCUCCUCGGCCUCGAGAGGUAUUUCAUUAAUACUGUUGCUGGCGUCGGCGCGUAUCGCGGGUACGGCUUCUGGCGGUAUGUGCAGAUCGAGGCGAGGAAGCCCGGGGAGGGCGCGCUGGUGGAAGAGACGUAGCGGGAAGUUUUUGGGAGACGUAUGUUUGCAAGAUGGUUAGUUGAAGAGUGUACGCCUUGUGUUGGGGGCCUCGAUACAAUCUGGUUUUUUUCUAUUUAGAGGAUGGUCUCGUGGGUGGCGUUACAUGUUUGUACUACCCACGAUUUCAGCUUACAUAGAACAGCUUCUGCGCAGGUUCAUAAAAAGAAUUCACUACGGAAUAUGCCAAA